UAUAAAAAAAAGCUCAGUUGGUAGAGCGGUUGCACUGGGUUGGCAUACAGACACAGGUUCGAGUGCUGUCAGAUCGAAGGAAUAUAUUUAUCUUUGUGUUCGAUCUUUGUAUUAAUAAUUAAAUUAAGCUUAACUAUGUUUCAGUUAGGAACAGCGUUUGGCGUCGGAGUUUUUUAAUAGCCAUAGCACUGAUGACCACACAUGCAUGCAACGGUAGCUUCACAAUUAUCGUGUUUGCAUCUUCGAUCAUCAUCAACUCUGGAAGCAAUUUCAGUCCAGAAUUCAGUUUUAGUUUUCCUUUGAUUAGUAUCCUUGCUGCUUCUAUUUCCAUGAACUGCAUUGAUCGCUUUGGUAGAAAGCCAAUUUUGUGUACCUGUUUCACCAUGAUAACAGUUGCAAUGACGUGCAUCGGAACAGUAGUACUAAUCCAGCAUCACGGCGGUACUGUUCCAUUCUGGAUACCACUAACAGCUAUGAUGAUGGCAGUAGCUGGACACGCCGCUGGUCCUUUGGCAGUAGCUUACGUCGUGCUGUCUGAAAUGUUUAAUUUCCAGGUUCGAGCAAAACUGAUGGGCUUCAACGUUAGCUACACAUGGUUCAUGAAUUUUAUACAAUUGUUUAUUUUCGCGCCUAUCUCCGACAGUUUAGGUCUCUAUACUGCAUUUUACAUAUAUGCUGUGUUCAACAUCUUGGCUAUGUUGUUUUCUUUGGUAAUUUUGCCGGAGACUAAAGGGAAAUCCAUUGAGGAAAUUGAAGAGCAUUUGAAAAAGAAAUACAAUUUGAAAAACUAAGCAAACGAAAUGGUUUGUUAACGUACGG